AUGUACGGAGUUCGGACAGUUAGGUCAUGUUCAUCGCCUCCUUCCACUCCGAGCUUGAACGUCCAACAUGCCCAGAGCCGGGCAUUGCCCCCUCCACGGGGACGGAAAAGUGAGGCUCAGUUUGGCGCAGUGCGCAUGAUGCUCCUGCUGCCUUCCAUGUGCCACAUCCGGCAGCAGUGCCGCAAGGCGAGGGCCAAAGCGAGAUCAAGGGCACUUGGGUCCCAGGAGCUCCAGAAAGCAGAGAGCUCUCUGGAGAUCAGGGAGAUCAAGGAGCCCAAGGACACAAGGGAGGAGAGCCUCAUGGAGGGCGCGGAAGUCCUCGAGGACUCCAUCGGGGAGCCCCCCUCCAAGAUGGAGCUCGCCUUGCGGAGUAUUCGGGGCUACGCCUCGGCGGCGCAAUGGCUGGCACCAUAUAUCCCCUUAUACCUCGCAACAGAGUCGGCGGAGUCUGCUGGACAGAAAUGGGACCCAGAUGGCAGCCUUGCAAAUGAGUGGAGUGUGAUGCACAAGAAGGGGGCCUCCACUUUGGCAGAGUUCAUUCAAGAAAUGAACGGCUUCUAUGUCAAGGUUGGGCAGUUGAUUGCCACGCGGGUCGACCUGUUUCCAAGCGAGUACUCCAAGGAACUCACCUUCUUAGUGGAGUCUGUCAACCCGCUCUCUUUCGAAGUCGUGCGCCAGGUCAUUGAAAAGGAACUUCUCGAGGGGUACCAGAUCGAGGACGUCUUUGAGCAUGUGGACCCCGAGCCCUUGGGGAGCGCCUCCAUUGCCCAGGUGCACCGGGCAACUUUGAAGAGUGGCAGAGAAGUGGCCAUCAAGGUGCAGCGACCUCACGUUGAAGAGCAGCUCCUGGAUGACAUCUCCGUCAUCAAGUCCCUGACGCAGCAGUUGCGGGGCGUCUUUCCCGUGGACUACUACGCAGUCUUCACGGAGCUCGAGGCGCAGCUCAAGGAGGAGUUCGACUUCUUCCGCGAGGCCUCCGCCAUGGAUCGUGUUGCAGACGCCAUGCUGAAGAAUGGGAGGAAGGCGCCCAUUGUGGUGCCAAGGAGUAUCCCUGGCCUUGUGUCAAGCCGGGUGCUCUGCAUGGACUUUGUCCCUGGCCUGUCUCUUUCUCAGAUCGCCAAGAAGGUCUCGGCGUUUGAGGGGAAGCCCGACGCGAAGACGCUUCGGGCUGGGCGCAAGAUCUUGGCCUCACUGACCGAUGCCUUCGGGACGAUGAUCCUGGAGGAAGGCUUUUUUCAUGCAGACCCUCAUCCCGGGAAUGUCUUCGUGAAACCGGACGGAACCGUUGCACUGAUUGACUUUGGGCAGAUGAAGCGCAUCGGCUACAAAUUCCGAAGGGAGUUUGCGGAGCUGGUGGUGAUGAUUGCAGACUGCCAAGAUACUCGUGAGGAGUAUGAGGCAGGAACCGUGCUCGGACAUCGCAUGGGUCUCAAAUUCUCCGAAACCGCCCAUGAGUACUGUCCAGUUGCACUUGGGAUGUUCGUCUUGGACUGGUCUAGAAGUGAGCUGCCCGGAAACUACAGUGCCUACGAGCUUUCACCCCGGAAUGUCAUGAAUGACGUCACGUACUUUCCUCCAGAGUGGGUCCUGACAUGCAGGGCGCUGCAACUCAUCCGAGGACUUGCGGAGUGUUUGAAUGUGCAGUGGUCGCUUCCAGAACUCUGGCGAGAAACAGCGCUGAAGGUUCUUGGGAGAGAUGAGGAGAUGAAGAAGAGAAACGGUUGGGCACGUGCACAUGAGACCACUCUGCCAAGCAGAGCUUGGGUCACGCCUGCCGCGAAGUCUCUGCCCGCCGAAGAGGGCUACAAAGGCGGCGCAGGCAGGAUGGAUGAGGAAGGUGGCAUGGUCGUCGUGCAGACGAACGCAACCGUCGACCUGUUCUCCGAUGUUUUUCUAGACUGUUUCGAGUUCCAACUUUACCCUCCUUUCCAGGACAAAUCGCAGAUGUACAAGAACAGUCUGGAGGAGGCCAAGCUGGAGGCAACGACCCUGCAGUUGGUCCUACUGCCUUUUGCCAGCGCAUCCGAGCAGGAAAUGGACGAGCUUGUAGGGGCUGCUGCAAGUGGCCUCACGUCAAAGGUUCAAGAAUAUCUGCAAAAACCGAUGGACCCGAACUUUCUGGGUUUUAAUGAUGAAGGUGUCUUUGUUACACCACUCGUUGCGGCAUGCGAGAACGGCCACGCGGAAGUUGCUGAGUUAUUGCUACAAGCCGGUGCUGAAAAGGAGUCUUGCGACACGGGCACGGAAAGCGAUAGAUGCGAAAUUGCAUCCAAGAUAUCCCAGAUGGCCAGCAAGGAGCUCGCGAGCAAGAUGCUGGAAGGCUUCGAUGACUUUGCGCGAGGCAAGACGCCUCUCUUGGUGGCUUCUGAGGGUGGCCACUCUAAGGUUGUGCGCUUGCUUCUCGAGUCUCGGGCUGACAAAGACUGCCAAAACACCUUUGGACAAUCGCCCCUUUGGGUCGCAUCAAGCAAAGGCCACGUGGACAUCGUGCGCUUGCUUCUGGAAAAUCGGGCGGAUGCGAAUCGCGCUGACACCGUGCUGGGCGAUAGGCCUUUGAGAAAAGCGGUUGAGAAAGGCCAUGUGCAGAUUGUGAGCUUGCUGAGCUAG